AUGAGUAGGCUCACACAGACGCCGCCCAUUAUCAAUCUCAACCCUUCACAUCCCGGGCCAGUACGCGUGCAUCUCGACGAGCCAUUUCUCCAUCGACAGCGUUCAAAGAAAGCAAGACAUGCCAUACACAUACUCGGUUUAUUUGGACGUUUGGAACUGGUAUUAAAGAAGCGAGAGUCUCUAAGGGCUUUGGAUGAUCGUUCUCCUGCAGAGGCAACAUUAUUGCAGAAACUGGAUGGCGAAGCCGAGAUGAUCAAAACACAAAUCGAGUCGACAUGGAUCCAACUUGGUGCCAAAGACUAUGAAACACGAGAGAAAUACAGCAAAGACAUGAAAUUAUCACAGCUUUAUCCACGCUCCAUCAACAACCUCCACAAACGAUCAGCAGAAGAAUACAAUGAUGAAAACAGCAUGCAAGCACAUUAUCACAAAAUCGCCAUGUAUGAUCAACUCUAUGCCCACGCUUCUCGAAUCAAUCAAUCCCUUGAGUUACCCAAUCACGACUAUAUCCCAUACCAGCUGGUUGUUGUUUAUCAAUGUCUCAACCACGUGGACAUAUCCUUUGCCGAGUACCGUGAUAAGAUCCAAAAGCGAUUCGAAGAUGUUAGGAGCUCUAUUACAUCACAGCAGGAGAAAGGGGCACAAAACCCAUUGUUGGAUGGAGAAUUGAAAUCAUGGCUAAAGGAUUUGAUGACUGAGAUUGUCACCCAAGUGGUUCAUGCUCCCGAUACAAGCAAAAUGGAACGAUACAAGCUAUUGAAUGACACGGUGGCAUCGAUCCAUCAAAUCUCCAACGCGAGCAGUAGUAGUAGUAAUGAUUGA